UGGCAACGGCACGCGAGCAACUGGCACAAGCCAACGCCGUGAUGUCGGAGGAGCAGGAGGACGGCGCUUUCUACCUGCAGCAGGUUACCAUUACAGAAGACAGUGAAGGAGACUACCAGUAUGAAGAGAUUCCUGCUGAUGAUGACAUCAGUAUUCCAGAAGGAGAUGAAAGUUUGGAGAAUAUAGUAAAAACAAUAGAACAACGGAAUGAAGAUUUAAAAGCUGCAGCUGAGGAGAACGAUUUGGUUCUGGUGCAGCCUGUGUGCCAAAGAGGAGAAGUGAUUGAUGAUUUUCUCAGAAAUUUUCUUAUCAAGAUGGGAAUGAUGAAAACUCUGGACUGUUUUCAAAUUGAAUGGUAUGAAAUGCUGCAAAAAGGUUUACUGAAAGUCCAGAAUGUGGGAUUUGUUCCUGAUGUAUAUGCUCAAAAUCAGCUGCUGGAAAAUGAAGUAAAAAAUUUGAAGAAAGAUCUUGAGAACUGCAAGAUUGCGACCAACACAGCUGUUGAAACAUUAGUAAAACUGAGGAAAGAACGCGAUUUCCAUAGAAUGCAUCAUAAGCGUGUGGCACAAGAAAAGAACAGACUCAUUAAUGAUAUUAAAAGGCUUAAGAAGCACUAUGAAUCCUUUGAACCUACCCUGAGCAAGAUCAAAGAGAAAUAUAAUACUGCAAUAAAGCAAAAAAUGCUGACAAGUUUGGAGAAAGACAGAGCUCUAGUGCAGGUGUCAGGUUUGCAAGCAACCUUGCGUGCUAUAGAAUGUGGAUGGAAUUUGCCAGGUGCUAUGACUUCAGGAAAUAAGGGCCACAACGAAUGUAAAAAAGAUGGUCCUAGUCAAAGAGCACUUGCUGAAGCUAGAGCACUUGCUGAAGCUAAAGAGGCCAAGCAUCAUUGUGAUCCACCUGAUGAUUCAACAAAGCAGUUGGAUUCUGAAUUUCCAGUUGACACAAGAGUGAACCCAUAUCUUGCUCAGAUGAAAGGCUCUCCCAGUAAUUUACUUCGAUCAGGUGGAUGCAAACUAACAAAGACACUGAAAGUACAUGAGCUAGCAGUGAGCUGCCUAGCUCUUCACCCACGAAAACAAAUCCUGGUGACUGGAAGUGAUGAACGUCUCUGGAAAAUGUGGUCCAUUCCCAAUGGUGACAUUAUCAUGACAGGUGAAGGUCAUGGUGAUUGGCUUUCUGGCUGCUGCUUCCAUCCCAGUGGAAAUAUGCUAGCUACCACCAGUGGAGACAAAACAGUGAAGAUUUGGGAUUUUGCGAAGGUUGAAUGUGCAUUCACGUUUACUGGCCAUCUUCAUGCUGUCUGGGGCUGUUCAUGGCACAGCUGUGGUGACUUUGUAGCAUCUUGUUCCAUGGAUAACACUGUUAAGAUCUGGGAUAUUAACAGUAAAAGGUGUAGACAGACGCUCCGAGGUCAUGUUGAUUCUGUGAAUAGCGUUGAGUUUCUCCCCUUUUCCAACACGCUGCUCACCAGUGCAGCCGACAAGACCAUUUCUCUCUGGGACGCCAGGACGGGACUAUGUGCUCAAACCUUCUUUGGUCAUCUGCAUUCCUGCAAUGAUGCCACCUUUAACUUGAAGGGUGAUACAGUUGUUUCCUGUGACUCAUAUGGAUUUCUAAAGCUUUGGGAUGUUCGGAAAGUGGCAAUAAUGCUAUCAGUUGAUGCAGGCCCUCAUCCUGGAAAUCAAGUGAUUUUCCACCCAUCAGGUCAACUGGUGGUCAUGGCCAGCAACGAUGGGACUGUGAAGAUAUUGGAUCUGCCCUCGGGUCAGUUGUACAGCCUUUCAGGACAUGAAGACGCUGUGCAGUGUGUGCUGUUUGACCACAAGGGUGAAUAUGUGGUAUCAGGAGGGUCUGAUGGUACCAUCCGCCUCUGGACAUAAAACAAUAGUUAUAAUGUCCAAGUGUUGACUCCACCUCUUGAUUAAUUUAAGAUGUGCUUUUGACUCUUACGGUGUGAAU